ACAAACCAGAUUUUCCCAGUUUGGACGUACUCCUACCUGGCGCUCCUUUUCCCCGUCUUCUUGAUUACGGACUACGCACGCUACAAGCCCAUCAUCAUCCUGCAGGGCGUCAGCUUCAUCAUCACAUGGCUCUUGCUCCUCUUUGCACACGGAGUGGUGGCCAUGCAGGUGGUGGAGUUCUUCUACGGCAUGGUGACAGCCACCGAGGUCGCCUAUUACGCCUACAUCUACAGCGUCGUCAGCACCGAGCACUACCAGAAAGCGACCAGCUACUGCCGCAGCAUCACCCUUGCGGCGGCCACCGUUGCUGCAGUGCUGGGACAGCUUCUGGUUUCCUUGGCCCACGUCUCCUACUUCCACCUCAACGCCAUUACUUUGGCUUCCCUAUCCUUAGCGUUCGCGUGCUCGUUUUUCCUCCCAACGCCCCAGAAGAGUAUGUUCUUCCAUAAAGACGCUUCCCCAGAACAUCUCCACGGAACAGUUAAAAGUCCAGAGUCAAGUACCUCCGGCCCCAACGAGCCCUCCGGCUGCCAGGGGGACGGAGCCCCUGCACCACCCGACACAAGACCAACACCCGAGCAGCCGGCUGACCAAGCCCAGCCCCAGAAUCAGGCACUCAGGGUGCUGGUGCAGCUGUGCUGGGACUUACGGGAUUGCUAUGGCUCUAGAAAACUUCUUUACUGGUCCCUGUGGUGGGCUCUGGCCACAGCAGGCUUUAACCAGGUUGUGAACUAUAUCCAAGUGCUGUGGGACUUCAGAGCCCCCUCUCAUAGCUCUGCGGUCUAUAAUGGA